CAACAGCAUCCAGAGUGCUCAUCACCGCACGCAGGCGCUGUGGACAUUCCACCCGGGUUUCCCAGAAGACGUGGCGGUAGACUUGUAAAGCAGGGCUUGAUCCGAAGACCAGCUGAAUUUUGAAAAUGAUUUCGUUAACAGAUUCACAGAAAAUUGGAAUGGGCCUGACAGGGUUCGGAGUGUUUUUCCUCUUCUUUGGAAUGAUCCUGUUCUUUGAUACAGCCCUCCUUGCCAUAGGGAAUAUAUUGUUUGUGACAGGUUUGUCCUUCGUCAUCGGCCUGGAGCGCACGUUCAGGUUCUUCUUCCAGAGGCAUAAAGCCAAGGCCACCAGCUUCUUCCUGGGCGGCGUGUGUGUGGUCCUCAUUGGCUGGCCCAUCGUCGGGGUGGUGCUGGAGACGUAUGGCUUCUUCCUCCUAUUCAGAGGAUUUUUCCCAGUUGCUGUUGGUUUCAUCAGAAGGAUACCCGUUCUGGGGUCUCUGCUAAACCUUCCAGGAAUCAGUGGGUUGGUGGACAAAGUUGGGGAGAGCAACACCAUGGUAUAACACUAAUCAUCGGUCAAUAUGGACAUGUGCUUCAUCAUUCCCUAACAUUAUUUAUAUUUCGAAAGAUUUUGCUUUUUAAUCGUUACUUUCCUGCCUACUGCCAACACUUCAUGAAGUGGACUUGGGCAAACAAUUCCAACCUUUUUUCGACCUGGGGGAGAAAAAAAAAAAACAUUUGUUUUCCCCUCAUCACCUGGCUACUGAAGUUACUGAACUGGACAGAACCUUUUUUUUUAUGAAGAGACGAUGUGCUGCAUGAAGUGUGUUGCUAUGGUGACUGAAAAGGUGGUGAAGAUUGGGGGAUGACUUGGUCCUUCUUAUCCAGUAGAGGGCCUGUGGUCCACAUCCACACUAUACUGUGCCUCUGUGUUGGGGUCAACCGGGACUUUCAAACCUUGAGCACUCUGAAACGGCACUGAUGGAUUUGUAACCCCCAACUGUGGUGUGUGUGUGUGUGUGUGUGUGUCUGUGUGUGUGUCUGUGUGUGUGCGAUGAUGUGUAAGGAGUACAUUUUUGACAAAAACCUAGAGUCAAGUCAAAUGCAGGAGUGGAUGGGUCAUUUUUGUACAGUGCACUGUUGAUAUGAUUCAAAGAGUCAUGUUGGUGCAAUAAACGUUUACUGGAGUUUGUAAA